CAAUAUAAGAACACACGCUCUGCCCUUUUUGCCCCAACUACUGGGAGAAUGAAGACCAUUCUCAGCAUUCAGACUGUGGACAUUCCAGAAAAUGUGAACAUCACUCCGAAGGGGUGCACAGCCAUUGUGAAGAGCCCCAGAGGAACCCUCUGGAGGGACUUAAAGCACAUCAAUAUAGAGCCGAGUCUCCUUGGGAAGAAGAAGAAGAGGCUCCGGGUUGACAAAUGGUGGGGUAACAGAAAGGAGCUGGCCACUGUCCACACCAUCUGCAGUCACGUUCAGAACAUGAUCAAGGGUGUUACACUGGGCUUCUCCUACCGGAUGAGGGCUGUGUGUGCUCACUUUCCCAUCAAUGCCGUUACUCAGGAGAAUGGGUCUUUGGUUGAAGUCUGAAACUUCAUGGGUGAAAAAUACAUCCGCAGGGUUCGGAUGCAGACAAGCAUUGCUUGUUCUGUCUCUCAAGCCCAGAAGGAUGAAUUAAUCCUUGAAGGGAAUGAUAUUGAACUUGUUUCAAAUUCAGCGACUCUGAUUCAGCAAGCCACAACAGCUAAAAACAAGGAUA